CUCCCUGGUUUUUACGGAUUGUGCUGGAGGAGGCUCCGUGCAUGCGUGCGUCACGCAGGUGCUGGCCGCUGCGUGUCCUGAGGGCGACCAGGUUUACACACAAAAAAGCAAACAGCCUUUAAAGCGCAACUCCGGCGAAGCGUUCGCACCUCUACGUGCGCCUGCGUGUGAAUUAAUGAAGUUAAAAAUAAGCGCUGCGCCCAGAGCGCACCGAUGCGCAACGUACAAUCAGUGACGUCACCAAUAAACACAAUUUAUCGACAUCCGUCAAUCAAUCUGCAAAAUUGUGAUGGUUUUAUUUAUUUCAACAGUGCUGGAAAAUAAAUGAGUUAACAUAAUAAUAAUUAUUAUAUCAAUAACAAUAAUAAUAAUAAUGAUACUAAUUUAGCGGCCUCACUCUACCUGGAUGCGUCCUGCAAAUUCCAAAAAAAGCUGCUGCUCGCAGAAGGUUGAAUUUAGGGGGAGGUAAUGGGUGAGGAGGGGGACCGAGGGUAAGGAGACGAGGGAGGGAAGGUGAGAUGGUGAGGAGCGAGCAGGAGCGGGAGGAGGAGGAGGAGGAAGAGGAGGAGGGGAACAGAUAAGUGAUCUAAAGGGGAGACGAUAGGACAAAAAAAGUGAUGAUGAUGACGAUGAUGAUGAUGAAUACAUUGGAAAGUUUUUGGCCCCAGCGCGGGUGUCAGAUUGAAUGGCCUGUGCGCAUGUGCGAAGGUGUCCAAACUGACAAUGCUGGUGAGAUGAAGAUAGUGUUGUUGCUGCUUCUGGGCUCACGGAGGACGACGAGAGGAAUCUACGAGGCGACAAGAUGAGAUCCAAGGCGAGGGCGAGAAAACUGGCCAAAAACGACAGCGAGCCUGCGGACAGCAUGUUCGACACAGCGGCCGACCUGCCAGGUUUAGUGGCCAGUGAAGGUGGUGCCGACAGUCCAGAAGACGACACGGAAGAUGGCGUCAUGAACAUGUCCCCGUUGCCCUCACCGACUCCUUCUCAUCCAAACAACCACCACCACCACCUGCUGCACCCCCACAUCUACACCUCCCACCACCACCACCUCCACAACAACAACAGCAACAGCAGCAGCAAUGACCAGGACUUCACCACGCCCAAGGAGGGCUCGCCCUACGAGGCGCGCGUCUACAUUCCCGAUGACAUUCCCAUUCCCAGCGAACUGGAGCUGAGGGAGUCCUCCGUGCCUGGUGCUGGUCUGGGCAUCUGGGCCAAGACUCGCAUUAGUGCAGGUGAAAGGUUUGGACUGCACAGCACCCUCCACUACGGGGCCACCGGCAAAGACAGCUCCUACGGAUGGGAGCAGAUGAUGAAUGACCACGAAGACGCCUCUCCUGACAGCUGUAUUAAAAAGGUGGUGGAUGACAUGGGCAACAUCAAAUUUGCACUGGACACUGGCCCGGAUGCCCCCAGUAGCAGCUGGCUGAAAUAUAUCCGAUCUGCCUCAACGUUUGAGGAGCAAAACCUCGUGGCCUGUCAUCUGACCGGAGACCAGAUUUAUUAUAAAGCUGUUCGGGACAUAGAAGCCGGGGAGGAACUCCUGGUCUACAUGAAGGACGGGGUUUUCCCGGAGGGAUCCAUGGCACCGAACCUACAAGAUGAGCAGAUGUACCGCUGUGACGACUGUGACGAGCUCUUCUCCUCGGCGCUGGAGCUGCGGCGGCACCAAAAGUAUUCAUGUUCCAGCGCCGGUUCCAUUUUUGACACUCUGAGAGAGGACUUCAAACAGGAACGGGAGGACAGCGAUGAGCCUGUGCACGAGUGCAAAGACUGUGAGAAGAUCUUCCCCAAUGAGUACAGUUUGGGCCAACACAUGAUUGUACACACGGAGGAGAGAGAGUACAAGUGUGACCAGUGCCCCAAAGCCUUCAACUGGAAGUCCAACCUCAUCCGGCACCAGAUGUCACAUGACAGUGGGAAGCGAUUUGAGUGUGAAAAUUGUGAUAAGGUACAGCAUACCCGGCACGUGUUCACAGAUCCCAGCAACUUGCAGCGCCACAUCCGUUCGCAGCACGUGGGGGCACGCGCUCACACGUGUCCUGAGUGUGGCAAGACAUUUGCCACAUCCUCAGGCCUCAAGCAGCAUAAGCACAUCCACAGCAGUGUCAAACCCUUUAUCUGCCCUGAUGGGCUGCGUCUUUUUGCUCCCCCAGGCGAGGUGUGCCACAAAUCAUACACACAGUUCUCCAACCUCUGCCGCCACAAGCGGAUGCAUGCCGACUGCCGGACCCAGAUCAAGUGUAAAGACUGUGGGCAGUUGUUCAGCACUACCUCCUCCCUCAACAAGCAUCGACGAUUCUGCGAGGGCAAAAACCAUUAUGGUUCUCCAGCAGGAAUGUACACCACCGGCAUCCCCAUGAGUUCCAGCCCCAUUAUGGCAAAGGCCAAGUCUCAUCAUCCUCACCUUGCAGGCUUAAACCAAUCAGGUUUAGGAUUUACUGACUACUUUCCUUCCCGACCGCACCCUCAUGCUGGCUUGCCAUUUUCUGCAGGGCCACAUGGCUUUCCAUCCCUCCCUCACGGUUUCCCAGGCAUCUUCCCCCCAUCGCUGUACCCACGUCCACCAUUACUGCCUCCUAGUCCCCUUCUGAAAAGUCCACUAGGCACCAACAGUCAGGAGGUGAAGUUGCCACGGAGUCCCCUUGAUGGCCCUCUGCUGUCUUUGGAUAGCUCUACAAACAGCAACGGUGGCAACAGUUUGAGUCAGAUGGAAGACAAAGAGAAGGAGAACAAACUGGACUUGUCUUCUAAUGAAGCAAAGCCAAAAGCUAAGAUGACAGACAUGUCUGAUGGCAGUGACCUGGAAGAUGUUAAUACUACAAGUGGGACAGAUUUGGACACCACCACUGGUACUGCUUCAGGUGAUGGUUCUGAUCUUGAGAGUGAUGGUGAGAGUGAACGUGAACGAAAUGGCAAAAGACGGAAGACAUCUGGAGCUGUCUCUAGUCAUGAAGGCAAACAUUUAGAAGACACGAGCAGUGCAUUGAUAUCAGCUGUGUGUAGUUCGGGGAAUCUCACCAUUGACCGUCCUUUCCUGUCUUCUACAACAUCCCAGCACUCUUUCUUUCCUCCACCUGAUGAGCAAGCCCUCCCACCGACCACCACAAAUAGCAACGCAGCUGCCACAGACUCCAUCAAAGCUAUCGCCUCUAUUGCUGAAAAGUAUUUUGGUCCAGGGUUGAUUGGUCUUCAUCAGGAAAAGAAGAUGGGCCCAUUGCCCUACCAUUCCAUGUUCCCCUUCCAGUUUCUGCCCAACUUCCACAGCUCGCUCUAUCCGUUCAGCACUGACCGAAGUCCCCUCAAUCCUAGUAUGUUCUUCAAGGCAGAGUCCAAAUCAUCUCGUGAACAGUUGCACAAGAUGGUUUCUGGUGUGCCACUAGCUCCUGCACCCACAGCGGAGUCACCGUUUGAUCUCACCACAAAGUCCAAGGAGACCAAGAUAGCUCCCCCGAAACCUGCAAAUCCUUCAAACCUCAAUAGUACUACUAAGGCAAGCAGUGGACCUUUAGUGUUAUCUAGUAGUGAGGAACAGCCCCUGGACCUCAGCAUCAGUAGCCGAAGCCGUAGUGGUCAUAACGGUGUGGCUAUUGAGUCCCAGAAUCGAAAGAACCAUGUUUAUGGUGUCAACAAGGGGGUUUCCAUCAAGGAUGAAACCCCUCCUAGGUUUCCACAUCCUCAUGCCCAGUUGUUGCAUCAGUCCUCUAUAGGCCAGCACCAGCAACCCCAGGCACAACCUCCCCAGCCGCCACCCCUGCACUACGCCAAGCCCUCAGCAUUCUUCAUGGACCCAAUAUACAGCAGGGUGGAGAAGAGAAAGCUGCUCGAUCCUGUAGGAGCUCUGAAGGAGAAGUUCCUCAGGCCCUCGCCACCACUCUUCCAUCCACAUCCACAGAUGACCGCUAUGGAGAAUAUGGCGGAGAAGCUGGAGAGUUUUGGCACCCUAAAACUGGAUGGACCGCCCAACUCACUGCAGCAUACGGGCCAUCCGCUAUUCAACUUCCGCUCGCCACCACCUUCCAUCUCAGACGCCAUCCUUCGCAAGGGCAAAGAGCGCUACGCCUGCAGGUAUUGCGGGAAAAUUUUCCCUCGUUCAGCAAACCUUACGAGACACUUACGGACACACACAGGGGAACAGCCUUACAGGUGUAAAUACUGUGAUCGCUCCUUCAGCAUCUCGUCCAACCUUCAACGUCACGUUCGUAACAUCCACAACAAGGAGAAGCCCUUCAAAUGCCACCUGUGCAACCGCUGCUUUGGCCAGCAAACCAACCUCGACCGGCACCUCAAGAAGCACGAGCACGAGAACAUUCCUGUGAGCCAACAGUCCGGGAUACUUUCCAACCUAGGAACAACCAUCUCCUCGCCAAACUCCGAGCCAGACAAUCAUGCACUUUUAGAUGAGAAGGAGGACUCGUACUUCUCAGAAAUCCGCAACUUCAUUUCCAACAGUGAGAUGAACCAGGCGUCCAGCUCGACUGACAAGAGGUCAGACCAUCCCGAGGCGGAGCGCCCACCCAACCACACUUUAUCCAACUCCAAACUAAGCCUCCAGGGCCUGGAGGAAGAGGAAGAGGAAGUGGAGGGUGAUGAUGAGGAUGAGGAGGAAGGCAGUCUGACAGAGAAGUCUCACGAUGAGGCGCCUGAAUCACCGUCUCCAGUCACAACAGGAGCGUAUGAAGAGGACGAGGAGGAGGAGGAGGAGACGGAGGCGACUCCCUUAGCAAUGAGCUACGAACACACUCGCAGGUGCAUAGAGGAGGAGGGCUCUCUGUUGGACCUCGAGGGUCUGUCCAGCUACCCCAAGAGCCUGGAUGGAUUACGUAAAGCAGCCAGUGACGAGCAACCCUUUGACGUUAAAGACAUUUUUAGCACCUCACUAGAGUCGGAGGCACUGAAAGAGACAUUGUACAGGCAGGCUAAGACCCAGGCUUAUGCAAUGAUGCUCUCUCUGUCUGAGAACAACCCUUUGCACGCAACCUCCCAGAACUCUCUGGACGCCUGGCUGAGCAUGGGAGGCGGAUCGUCCGAGACGAGCAACUUUCACCCGCUCAACCACAUCUAGAUGAGACAGAGGUCGAGGGAGGCAGAGUAGAAGGACCAUUAGUAUCGCAGAUGGAGAGAAGUGAGCGGUAAGAAGACGUGGACGUUCAUGUACAUUCAGCGUUGAAAGAAUGUUCCUGUGUCUUGCGAGACUCUGUCACAGUGAAAGCACUGCUCAGCCCCUGUUGAUGUGAAGGACGAGAUGAAAGCUUCGGCGUGACGUUGAACCUCUGAUCCUCCCCGAGUCCACGAGGCUCAGCACCCCAGAGACUCCAUGUAACGCCCUCAUGAAGACACUUAAUGACUCGUAUGUCACUAAAGUCUGUGCGCACCGAGCACUGCAUUGGCACCGCAUGCCCACACGGUGGUGCUGUUUCACCUGGGAACAAAGUGGGCGGGUGCACCGUUGUCUCCAAGUUUCCUGCAGCCAUCCCAUCGAGUUCCUGUUUGUUGUUAAAACAGAAGAACAAUAACACCAUAAUAAAUGUUCAUCGAGCAAAUUAAGGCAGACUGUUUCAAAUUAUUCUUAUUAUUAAUGUUAUUAUUAUUAUUAUUUUGAAUGAUUACAUGGAGAGCGAUGUUCAGCUGUGCACUGCGAGAGGGACACUUGUUUUAAUUGGUUAAACAAUUUGAUCAUGAUUGAAAUCACAAAAAUAACUGUCCAUGUCUCAUUGUUUUAUGUUCUUUUAUUCUCUUAGAUACCACAGUAUUGUUUGUAGGCGUCACAGUGCUAAAAUGUUAAUAUAAUGUCAUUAGAGAAGGACCAAAAUUGUAUGAUAUUGUCAUGUAAUGUACAAAUAUCGUAGAUAUUCAUAGAAAAAGUGGUAUGUGCCAAAUAACCCAUAGAAGACAUUUUGUUCUCUGACAAUCAUUUCAUUUCCAAGAUUUGACUUUUUUUUCAUUAUCCUCUUAUAUAUUUGAUUUCAACCGUGUGUAUGUAUUUAUUUUUAGCUGUUUCGCCACGAGUGGAGAAAUGAAAAUGAAGGCGUUUUAGGCCUCUUUUCUCGCGGCUGAAGGAAGCGAGACAGAGAUCGUGAGUCUCUGAUUUUGUUGUGUUCAUGUGCCAAAAUGGAAUGAACCCAUCAAAAUGAUCUGUUAUUAUUUAAAGUGACGGAUAGCUGUAGUUUUAGAAAUGAUCUGGCAAC